AUGUGCGUGCAAGUUCUGAAGAGGUUCUUCCGGCAACAGCUCAAGUUACGAACAUGGCGAAUCAGAGCUGAGAAGCUGGCAUUACAUUGCGCCAAAGCGCUGGCUGCCGGAAAUGAGGAGCUCGUGGAUCGCUUCCAGUCCAAGGGAGACGUCGACUAUCAGCUGGUGCUGAAAUUCCUGAAGGAAGAAGCGAAGCAAUUGCAGCCACUUUCUCUUCACAAAGCAGCACAAGCGGGCAGCAUGGCAAAGCUUGGCAAAGCUUGGCAAAGCCUCAGCAACUCCUUGCUUUCUUGCUUCAUGCAUUUGGACUGUACCAAUGGGGUUGUGGUCUUCAAAUGCUACUGGCUGCUGCUAAUGUAUUUUGCCUUAGAAGUGCAAGAACAAGGUCAUACCAUUAGCGUGCGGCUUUUGCUGAAAGCUGGGGCGGACAAGGCCUGUGUCCUGUGA